CACUGGACUCAGCCCGCCCGGGGCCUGCGCUCGCCGUGAGCUCGUCAUGGCGACCGAGCCGAGGCCUUUCCGCCUGGUAGUGUUCGGCGCCUCUGGCUUCACCGGUCAGUUCGUGACCGAGGAGGUGGCCCGGGAGCAGUUGGCCUCCGGGCUGUCAUGGGCCGUGGCGGGCCGCUCCCGGGAGAAGCUGCAGCAGGUGCUGGAGAGAGCCGCCCUGAAGCUGGGAAGACCAUCAUUAUCAUCUGAAGUUGGAAUAAUACUUUGUGAUAUCACUAAUCCAGCCUCACUUGAUGAAAUGGCUAAACAGACAACACUUGUCCUCAAUUGCGUAGGACCUUAUCGUUUUUAUGGAGAACCUGUAGUAAAAGCAUGUAUUGAGAAUAAUACAAGCUGCAUUGACAUCUGUGGGGAGCCUCAGUUUCUGGAACUAAUGCAUUUGAAGUAUCAUGAGAAAGCUGCAGAAAAAGGGGUUUAUAUCAUUGGAAGCAGUGGCUUUGACUCCAUUCCAGCAGAUCUGGGGGUAAUAUAUACCAGAAAUAAGAUGAACGGUACUUUGACUGCUGUGGAAAGUUUUCUGACUAUACAUUCAGGACCUGAGGGACUGUGUAUCCAUGAUGGUACCUGGAAGUCAGCAGUUUAUGGUUUUGGAGAUAAAGGCAGCUUGAGAAAACUAAGAAGUGCGGCAAGUCUGAAAUCUAUCCCACUUGUUGGGACAAAAUUGAAAAAAAGGUGGCCAAUUUCCUAUUGUAGAGAACUCAGCUCCUAUUCCAUUCCUUUCUUGGGCUCUGAUAUGUCUGUUGUGAAGCGGACUCAGCGUUACUUGUAUGAAAAUUUAGAGGAAUCACCAGUUCAAUAUGCUGCUUAUGUAACUGUGGGAGGCAUCAGCUCUGUUUUUAAGCUGAUGUUUGCAGGACUCUUCUUUUUAUUUUUUGUGAAGUUUGGCAUUGGGAGGCAACUUCUCAUAAAAUUCCCAUGGAUCUUUUCCUUUGGUUAUUUUUCAAAACAAGGUCCAACACAGAAACAGAUGGAUGGUUCAUCAUUUACAAUGACAUUCUUUGGUCAGGGAUACAGCCAAGGCCUUAGUACUGAGAAGAACAAACCAAAUAUCAAAAUUUGCACUCAGGUUAAAGGACCAGAGGCUGGCUACGUGGCUACCCCCAUAGCCAUGGUUCAGGCCGCCAUGACUCUUCUAAAUGAUGCUUCUGACCUUCCUAAGGGGGGCGGUGUCUUCACACCCGGAGCGGCCUUCUCCAGAACAAAACUGAUUGACAGACUCAACCAGCAUGGUAUUGAAUUUAGUGUCAUUAGCAGCUCGGAAGUCUAAACACUUGAAGAAUUAAAGAACCCCAAACGUGAAUUAACAGCUUCUGUACCUGAUAUGCAAAAUUCUUAUAUAAACCUGACUUUACAUGGAAAAGAUUGAGAAGUCUAAAAUAUCUGUACAUAUUAAAAACAAGAAAGUGUACUAGCUUAUCCUAAACUUCAUUUCUCCACUGAUUUUUCUAUGAUUUUAUUGCUUGUGAGAGAAAAGUAAUAUUUUUUUCAUUGAAGUAUUCCUGGUAAAUUUUGAUGAAUGAGGCAGGUCAGAUGGUAGAGGAGGGCGGGUCCCUGUCUGGGUUGCUAACAGCAUUCCUUAGUGAGGGGGCUUGGUGACAUUAGGCUGAGGCAGUACCUGCUGCCAUCCUUGCCGUGGUAUCGUGGAAUCUUACCUCCAUGCAGGGUGUGAGCUUUUGCUAAGUGAAACUGCACUUUUUUCUACUUUAGCCUUAUUUCUCACUCAUCUCACUGACUGAUUUUGGACUGUUUACCUAAGUUAAUAAUAAAGGGUUGUCAAUCAAAAA